AUGUCGACCGGACAACUGUCGCGACAACGAUCCACCUCACGAGCUUCGAACCGUUCAGCGAGACCACUUCAACCGCCCACGCCAAGUGUAACCCCAAAGAUCGACGAGCAAUUCGAGCCGUGUGCGGCGACGGCUGCGUUCUUCCUCUACGCACAGAGGGCCAUUAUACUAUGCCUCCACCACGACACCUUAGCCAUUGAAAGGCGAUUCGAGCGGCAUCGCGAGGACGUGCUAUGGAUAUCGGCGGACAAUGUUAGCGAGAGGGGGACGGGUCGAUUGGUGGUGAGCUACGAUGUUGGCAGUACAGCUAUUGUGUGGGACCUCUUCACAGGCGAGGAGGUUGCCCGAUUUGCUUCAUAUGAGCAGAUACGUGUCGCGGCAUGGAUGAAGAACGGCAACGUUGCUUUUGGCAAUGCGCAAGGAAACGUGAUUUUGUUCGAACCAUCAACAUCGGAACAUAUUUCAGCAAGGACCAUUUUUGAUCCCAUCACAGCACUGGCACCUGCCGCUGACUGUCGAACGUAUGCCAUCGGCUAUCAAAAUGGCUCAAUCCUGAUCGCGGCGCUGCAGCCAUCGUUUACCAUCCUGCACACACUGACAUCACCGAGAGCACCUUCUCCAAUCACGGCUCUGUCCUGGCAUGGAUCGUCGUCAAAGCAAAAGUCUGAAAUGCUGGCGACGCAAACUGCGGAUGGCGACCUGCGAGUUUGGAGUGUGGCGAAGGCUCCCCAAACAGACCCUCCAAGCGUGAUACGCAUUCUUACUAGAUCCGAAGGCGUGAACCCUGGUCUGUGCUGGUUCGCCUGGUCGAAGAAUGGACGUAUCGUGCAAUACUCCGAAGGGCAGACCUGGGUUUGGGACGUGAGGACCAAGAAAGUUGCAUACGUGAUCGUACCGACUAUUGACAGUGUUACUGCGAUUGCCAACUAUGGACCAACAGCCACACUCUUCACGCUUGGCCGUAACCAUACUGCUCAGCAGUACGACUUAAAUCCAAACAACACGCCGAUGUUGGUGGCAAAUGUGCAGCAUGUGCCUCCAAACGCACCGCCAUCACCACCAAACUCCAUCGAAGAGCAGAAGGAGCAGCAAGCCGCUGCCAACCAUACAUUAUCAGCAGCUGCUCCCGAGCUUCCGGAUUUUACUGAGACCGAAAGCAGCGAAGGAGAGGGAGCCACUAUGUCGCCGUUGCAGAGAAUUGCGCAAGAGAUGGAUCAGCUAGAAGACGAGCGACGUGAUCUUGUCGGCCCGUUAAGCCCUGUGUCCAGUAGGAGUUCGGUUAGUUCACGAGAGUCAGGCGGUAGGAUGCGCUCUCACUCGCGCUACGACAAGAUGUUUUCUUCUAGAACAUCAGACGAUUCGCUCAGCGACGGGACGGUGUUCUCAUCGGGAUCCUCCAUCGGAACUGGCCGCGACAGUAUAUCUAUACGUUCCAUGUCCUCCGCAACUUCAUCGAAGUACAAGUCCUCCAGUCUUCGAAAGGAGGUUCUUCGAAGCCCGGCGGAGACCAAGCCUCCCGCGGCCCUUGACUUGUUCCCCUUUGUCAAGGCGAGACUUAGUGACGUUCCAUUCAGGACACCACAGUACGGUCCGCAACGAACAACCGAUGAUCUUCGACGGCAAAUGCUUAGCGUGGUAUUUGGUUGGGACGACGACAUCGACUCGCUUGUGCGCGAUGAGUUGUCUCGACAUGCCUCUGGCUCAGCCAGCGCCGUGCUGCUUUCAAAGUGGCUCGGUGAUCUUGGUGCUAAUGAUGUUAUGGCAUCCAUGAUCGGGUCAGAGUCGAUGACUUCGUCAGACUGGAUGCUGUUGGCGCUAAGCGCUAUGGGACCUGACUCGCAGAAGAAAGUCGGCGAAGCGUUCGUCCAGCGCCUGCUCGAGAAGGGCGACGUUCAUCCUGCCGUUGCCAUUCUCCUAGGGCUUGGUGAGAUCAACGACGCCGUGGAGGUUUACGUCUCCCAGAAGUACCACCUAGAGGCUGUGCUCUUGACUUGCCUGUUCUUUCGGUCAGACUGGCAACGACAAUCCCAUCUCGUUCGUAAAUGGGGUGAGAUUGCUGUUGGACAAGGCCAACCCCAACUCGCUGUCAGAUGCUUCUCCUGCACAGGUCUAGAAAGCUCAGAGCCGUGGUUUUCACCAAGGGCUCAGGAUGAGGUCUUGGCUGCGCAGCAACAACAGAGUCUGGUGUCACAGCUGAGUCCGCCGCUCUCGCCACCCUCAGCCGGUCACAGUCGCCUAACCGCAAAAAAUGCUUCUUUGAAGCUGAUUACCAGCUUUGGCAACCAUGGAGCGGCUCCAGUACCCUCAACGACUGACGAGCGGACACCAAUGUUAGGUGUUGGGGUUACACCAAUCGCCGAGUCCGCAAUCUCUCCCAGUGGACCGCAUCCAUGGGGCAGACCAAGCGAACGAAGCGUUAGAGAUCCUUCAUCUGCGCGGACAGCUACCCCAGGCGCCUACGGUAGGAGAAGGUUACCAUCUAGAGGCGGUUCAGACAGAAGCAAUCUUGCAGACGCAACCCCUCUUGCAAGACCGCGUCACCUCACCCCUCAGACUGCCAUUGACACUGCAGGAAGAGAUGUAGACGUCACACUCACCUCCCACAGCCGGACCCUUUCUCAACAUGGUGACAAAGAGCAGCUGAUCACGCUUGAUGCUGUUGCAUUCGACCCCCGGACAGUCAAGAAACCUGAUGCGCUACCUUCGCCCGCACUCGGCAUGUUUACAAAGCUGCAAGAACAGUCUCGAGCUCGGAAUGGAUCUCGUGACAGAAAGCCGGAUGGCCUUGAACUGCGCGUAGAUGAAGUCCUGGUAACUCACGGAGCUCCAGCAACGGGCGAAACCGGUCCACCAUCGUCGGCUUUCAGUCCACCGCUGAUUGAUGCCAGCCUAGCGAGCGCGAAGAUCAGGGGCAUUGACCAGUAUAUCAGCAGCCUUGAAGAAGCUAACUUUCACGCUCGACAACAGCGAGCUGAGAGCCGGCCACGCGCUGAAAGUCGGGAUGGACGAUCACGCAGCAGGCCCGCCCUCCGUGAGCAGUCCGAGAACAGGGGUCGGUCUGGAGUCCGGUACAUCAGACCUGCAAAACGAUCACCAUCCUCACCUGUGCCCAUGUCGCCAGAGGAUGCAGGGUUCUACAACACGAACACCGAAAGCAACGAUGACGAGCUUUAUUAUAAGGUCACUUCCCCCAUCGGAUCUGGAUCUGAAAGACCCACCGCGAGAGCUCGGAGCAGAUCACGUACAGCCGCGUCAAAAGUCAGGUCUGGCUCCAAAGUAUCUCGGAGGAUGGAGUCACCGGAAAGAGCUUCCCGCAGUAAGCCAGGCAGUCGGGCUGCAAGCAGAGCUGCGAGUAGACAUGUCAGCCCAGAGAGAUCUGGCGUAGACGAGCGAGGUUGGCCCGAACUCAGAGCUGAAGGCUUGCAUACGCGUUCUCCUUCACCGCCCCUACCAUCAUCUGACCAGGCUCGCUUUCCGACAGACGAUGAGGAUAACAUUAGAGACGAUAGAUCCGUUGGCACUCAACAGUCGAGGCCACGUCAACGAAGCACAAGCCGUCGUCCAGGCGAAAGAGCAAGAAGCAACCAGCGUGAAGCCUCUCCUGAUCGAUACGGGGAACGAGAGCGGUCACGGAGCCGGCGGCCCACUCAGCGACGGCCUAGCGUUCGCUUCGAUACUCGCGAGGAGUCUCCUGAGAGGACGGCGAGCAGACAAUCAUCAAGAUCCCGUAUGCCAAAGAUGCAGGUCGAUGCGCCUCAAGUGCGCCAACCGCGAAGUUUAACAAAGAAGGAACUGGCGGCACGAGAACUUGAGCAACGGCGUCUGUCUCUAGCCAGACGCCCUUCCGCACCUGUCAUACCUCAUCCCGGUGAGCUAAGUGCCGGCCGUCCAGGACUUAGCGCUCGUUCCGUGACAGAGCUGGGCAAUAAUCCGGCGUCGUUCCUCCCGCCAUUGUCUGGAGGAAGUGAGCACGGCAUUAGUCGUAGUCAGUCUGUCGAUCCUGAAGCGAUGACCCGGUAUGGUCCCAAGUCAACAAGCGGCACAUCGACCUUCUCAACUCCAAUUGGGCUUCCCGCAACACCGCGGGCUAUGCGCCACCCACGGUACAUGAGCACCGAUCCAAAUGAACGCGAAUCCAUACCGGCAGUACCGGAGAUACCGGACCAUAUUAUUCACAUUACUGCGGAAGUUACACCAGCGGAUGACGUGGGACCCCUUCUACCCUCAACAGUCUUUGGGCAAACCGGGCCGCAGGCACCACUGCCGCGUUCCGCUUCGGCACCUCCAGAUCAUGGAGCUGGGUUCCCUUCCCACGCUGCGUACAGGUCUUCGCAGCGGAGCAGGCAAGGCUCAAUCGGUAGCCGGGGACAUUCUCGAAAGCUGUCCCCUAAUGAGAUUCCCUCGGUCGGCUCCGUCGCCAAACGUUCUCCGCCCCCAAUUACGGCCAGCAUUGAUGAGACACUACACGAUAGCCAAGUCAUAAUCAUUGAAGACAAGCAAGACGCUCCUCCUCUCCUCGCAGAGCUGCAGCAUCUCAACGGGCCUCCGCCGCCGCCUCCUCCACCUGUCAUGUUUAGGCCAAACCAGCAUUUGACGGCAGUCCAUUCUCCACCGGGCCAUUCCUCUACCAGCAGUCUUGAGGUCAUCAACAUUGCGAUAGAUGAUCACCCACGCACCACCAGUCCGUUAGCAGUAAUGAAUGGACCCCCACCAUCGACGUCCCCAAACAUGCAUCGCCGUGGUCGUGGUAGUGUCAGCGACAACAUUGGAAGCAGACUACGGGGUGUGACCGAACGCAUGCGUAGCACAUCACGCUCACGCGCCAAGUCGCCCCCAAUUGAGCGCUACGUUCCAUCACCGUACGAGACUGUCCUGCCACCCAAUCCGUACACGCGGCAUCCAAGCAUCUCGCAAACAACCACGCCCGCUCCCCCUGAAAUCUUAAGCCAUCUUAGCUAUGAAAGCAUUCCACCACCCCCUCCGCCUCCACCCCCACCACCAGUAGGGGGCUUCGGCGCACCUUUGAUGGAGGUGGUCAUCCCACCCGACAACGCUGGGAAGGCGAACAAUGCUUUUGGGGGAUACAGAAACCCGAAAGAGAUCAGAGCGAACAUGCCGCCAGAACAGGUGCAGAUGGGAGUCGCACCUAUGGAGAGCCCGACCGGGAUGAUCUGA